AUGGCCACCUAUGCCAAGGAGCUUGAGGUCGCGCAGCUGGCCGUGCAGCGCGCCGCCAUCCUGACCAAGCGCGUCUUCAACGAGAAAGCCAAGGGAACCGUCUCCAAGGACGACAAGUCCCCCGUCACGAUCGGCGACUUUGGAGCCCAGGCGCUCAUCAUCGCCGCCCUCAAGGCCAACUUCCCCGAAGAUGAGAUCGUCGCCGAGGAGGAGGCGGAUGCUCUGCGCGAGGAUGAGGCUCUCAAAAAGACCAUUUGGGAGCUGGUGAGCACGACGAAGCUGAGCGACGAGCAGGCGGAAAAGACCCUGGGGGGAGCCAUAAGCAGCGUCGAGGAGAUGCUGGAGCUGAUCGACAGGGGCAAGAGCAAAGGCGGCGACAAGGGCAGGAUAUGGGCCAUCGACCCCAUCGACGGCACAAAGGGUUUCCUGCGCGGCGGCCAAUAUGCCGUCUGCUUGGGUCUGAUGGUUGACGGCGACGUCAAGGUCGGCGUCCUCGGUUGCCCGAACCUACCGGUCGAUGACAGCGCCCCGCUGACCGCAGACUUGGGAACCAACGCGACAGAUGAAGGCCGCGGCGUGCUCUUCUCCGGCGUCCUGGGACAGGGCGCCAACAGCCGGCCGCUGACGACUGGUGGGUUGGCCGAUCCCGUCAAGAAGAUCUCGAUGAAGCCGCUGGCGGACAUGGCCAGCGCGACCUUUUGCGAGAGUGUCGAGGCCGGCCACUCGUCUCAGGGAGAGGCGGCCCAGAUUGCUCAGAAGCUGGGCAUCACCAACCCCAGCGUCAGGAUGGAUUCGCAGGCCAAGUAUGGCUCGAUCGCACGUGGCGCCGGCGAUAUCUACCUCAGACUGCCCACGAGCAAGACCUACCAGGAGAAGAUCUGGGAUCACGCUGCCGGUGAUCUGAUCGUACGUGAGGCUGGUGGACAAGUUACCGACACGGAGGGUAGGAGGCUCGACUUUAGCAAAGGCCGGACCCUUGCCGAAAACAAGGGUGUUGUGGCCGCCCCAGCAGCUGUACAUGACAAGGUGCUGAAGGCUGUCCAGGAGGUUUUGGGGAAGAAUUAG